AUGUUGAAGUACAGAAAUGCCUUACGCGGCUUUCGAAACUUUCGUUUCGAUCGUGGUGGAACACACUCAUUAUACUUGGUCCGACAUCUCAAUCUCGGGCCUCCACCCGUGAGGAGGAUCAAAUUGGGACCAAGGUCAAGAACCAAUUCUUCUAUCGACUCUACGUUCAAAACCGAUUCAGAGUAUAUUCAAAGAGAUGCCAUCAAAACAGCACAGAUAUUCCAGAUCCAUCUAGGCACCCGAUACGAGCUUGGCAUCCUCCGUGAUGUCCCAGCUUUACUCAGAGUGCCGUCCGAUGCCUCGUCUGUACUGACGAAGCGCCAUUUCACAGAAGAAGUUGACAGAUGGAUCGAUGCUUGUCUAGCGGACUUCUCGGAUAUGAAGGAGUUUGUUCCGCCUCCACUACAAUUGUCACCUUCCCUCACAGUCUACCACGUCUGCAGCGACAAGUCCAGUCUUGGCCUGGAACUAGAAUUCGGUAACUCCAAAAGCAACUCCCUUAAUGAAGAGCUUCUGGAAGAGUUGACCGUAGCUUUUGAUGCCAUCUCCCAAAUGAAGCGAAUCUGCGGUGUAGUGCUUACAGGAAGACGAGCAGAGAAGUCAAUCUUCUGUGGUGGUGCAAGCAUUACGACACUAGGCCAGCUAUCGAACCACAAACAGGCAGAAGAGUUCAUCAAUAGCAUAUCUACAUUAUGUUCACUGAUUCGAAAUACGCCACAACCCGUCGUCGCAGCUAUAGACGGACCAUGUAUCGGCGCUGGUCUAGAAAUUGCUGCCAGCUGUGACAUCCGCGUCGGUUCUCCCAAGGCCACCUUCUCUAUGCCCGAAGUCCUCCUAGGUAUACCCAGCGUGGUAGAAGCACGAUUGCUCUGCGAAAUCGUCGGAUGGGGUCGCACUCGCCACCUUCUGCUCACCGGACAAGAAUGGAACAUGAGAGAAGCAUACCAAGCAGGGCUCAUCACGAAAGAAUUCUCUGACACGAAGAGGAUGCUAGCGUGGACUAAGGAUUUCCUGCAACAAUGUUUGGGUGCUCGCGCAGAUGUGAUUCAGAAACAGAAGGCUUUGAUGCGCGACUGGGAGACAUUGAGUGUCGAUGAUGGUGUCGCGAGAGGUGCAGAAGUGUUUGCGGAUUGCUUCGUGUCGUCUAGUCCGCAGCUUCUGAAAGAUUUCGUACAGCUUAAGAAGGACCAGAAAUCUGGAAGGACUGAGCCUGGAUAG